AUGGACCGUGGGAGUUCGUGUGCUGGGAGAGUGGAGAUUUACUACAAUGAAACCUGGGGGACGGUGUGUGAUGACUCCUGGGGAUCACGUGAGGCGGAUGUUGUUUGUAAACAGCUCGGAUGUGGAUCUGCAGUUGAUGCAAUAUCUGCUGCCCCUUGUGGGAGCGCCUCAGGACAAGUUUGGUUGGAUGAGGUGAGAUGCUCAGGAAAGGAAUCAGCUCUCUCGGAAUGUGCCUCGUCUGAAUGGGGGCAGCAUGACUGUGGUCAUAAAGAAGAUGUGAGCAUUGUGUGUUCAGAGCACAAGAUGCUGCGGCUGGUCAAUGGACAACACUCCUGUGAGGGGAGAGUGGAAGUGUUUUACAAUGAGACCUGGGGCACAGUCUGCUCGGACGUCAUGGGAAUUGAAUUGAUGGGACUCGAGGCUGCUGAGGUGAUCUGCAAACAGUUAGAUUGUGGCCGAGCUCUGGAAGUUGAUGAUGCUGGUAAAUUUGGCGAAGGAUCUGGACCUAUUUGGUUGGAUGACAUAGCGUGUAACUCAAAUGAAUCCUUCUUGUGGCAGUGUUCGUCGCCACCUUGGGGUGAACAUAACUGUGAUCAUCGGGAAGAUGUGGGUGUAAUUUGUUCAGGACAGGUGUUGCGGUUGGUUGGAGGAAGCAGCGAUUGCUCGGGGAGGGUUGAGAUACUGAGCAAUAACACGUGGGGGACGGUGUGUGACGACUCCUGGGAUAUCCGAGAGGCCAGUGUGGUGUGCGGACAGCUGGACUGCGGCCCGGCCCUGCGGGCUGUGGGACAGGCGGGGUUCGGACAAGGCGCUGGUCAGAUAUGGCUGGACGAGCUUCACUGCAGAGGAAGCGAAUCCUUUCUGUGGGAUUGUGUCUCCGCAUCCGCGGGUCGCAGCGACUGCGUUCACAAAGAAGACGCCGGUGUGGUUUGCUCCGUCCAGCUGAUCAACAUACCUUUCGUGGUCUGCAUCGUCCUUGGAAUCCUGUUAGCGGUGGUACUCUUUGCACUGAUUGUACGGAUGGACAGUAAUUCUUCAGGAAGAGACGAAAAGUAUCCGUCUGUUCGUUUGUAUCAAGCAGUUUAUGAAGAAAUUGAGGAACGGCCGAUCAGAAGAAGAAAGUUUGAGUCUGGCUCCUCUGGAUCCAACGAUUCUAUCAGUAAACUGGAGUACUACACUGGGGAGAGUGUGAAUGGAUCUGAUGCAGAACAAGAAAACGCUGAGGUGUAUCUUCCGAAUGGCGAUGAUCAUCUUCAGGAAGAUUACGACGACGCUGAGAGGGGAUCCUUCCAGAUGGCGGAAAGUGGCCUCCUCCUGGUCACUGACACACACCCUGAUGUCCCCGCACUGACCAGUCACACUGUCCCGGAAGCCUCGCUCUGUCAGGGUAACAGCCGAACUGUCAUGUCUUAA